AUGGCCGACUAUGUCCGGGCGUUGGAGACCAAGAAUAAGCGACUGACAGAGCUAGUUAGCCAACUCGUGCCGGUGGGUGAGGAACUACCAGUAUCCGAUCUGCCAGAGCUACGCCGACCGUCACUGCUCUCACCUUCGUCGAGUGGAGAGAUCGAAGCCCAGGAAGAUGCUUCGCCAGAGGGGUUUCUAGAAACCAUGAUUGACGGGGUCGGCUUGCUCCAACAAGACAGGCACGGAAGCUAUAGCUACCAUGGCCAUUACGCUGGCCUCACACUCUUAGAGCGGGUCCACGCAUACUGUCGUCAAUUUGUGCCUGCCGGGACCAAAUAUACUACUUUCGAUACUACACAGAUCUUCGACCAAUCAGUCCCAUGGUGCAGACAAUUUCCUCUUAUUCAGUGGUUUCUACCGGAAAAGGCUCUCGCUCAAAAUCUUGCCACUGUAGCUCUGAACGAUGCUUGCUGCCUUAUGACCUUUGUGGACAAGGCUUCUUUCGACCAGAUGGUUGAGCGCAUAUACAGCACCGAUAGAGACCACUACGGGGAGGCAGACGUGAAGUUUCUCGCGCUGUUCUAUGCAGCGCUGGCGGUCGGAUCUCUUUUCGUCUUUGGCCAACAAGAAAGAAGUGAAAUCAACACAUCUGCUCAUCACACUUACUUCCAGAUAGCUCAUGCAAUGAUCGACCCGACUCAGUGCAGAGAUCUCACGACAAUGCAAGCUGUCAUUUUCGUGAUCAUGUACCUUCAAGCUUCGGGGAGAUUGUCACAUUGCUAUUCAUAUCUAGCACUGGCUGCAGGGUCCGCCGCACAGAUGGGCAUCCAUCGGGAAUACACUCCUAUCUCGUUCGAUUACGCACAGGUUGAGACGAGGAAGCGUGUGUACUGGACUCUAUGCACCAUGGAUAUUUACCUUUCCAAUGUCUUGGGUUUGCCACGCACCAUGCCGGAUAGCGUCUGCGAUCAAGUCUUACCUAGCAAUUCUGCAGCCGAGGACACCGUCCAGGAGCAGAAUAGUUCGGUAGCACCACCCUCUUUGCCCCUCUUAUCGCUCGUCAACCACCACAUCGGACUCCUUCGCAUCAUGUCCAAGGUGGCUGACUUCUUGUGCCCGGUAAACAUCCAGGCCUCGGAACAGAAUCGAUACCGACGCAUUGACGGGGCCAAACUCUCGCAGAUCGAGGCCGAGCUCGCUGAAUGGUACGGGGCUCUUCCUUCUAUGUCGGAAGAAAAUGGAUCCUAUGGAUACGACCAGAUCUGCGUCCAUCUGCGGCUCAGGCUGGCGUAUGCACAUGUUCAGCUGGUUUUGUACAGACCUUUUCUGCACCACAUCAUGGGCACCAAAGCAAGAUCGGAAGCAGAGAUGCGGUCGUACGCUUGUGCAUCAUCUUGCAUAAAAGCAGCGAUGCAGGUGAUUUGGAUCGUACGCCAACUGCAUCAGCGAGGCUACGCUGUUGCUCCCUACUGGCUGAGUCUUUUCAUGACCUUGUUUUCAGCCAUGACGCUGCUCAUGUUCGCUCUAAGUAACGAGGGUGGCGCGACGGUAGAUGAGGCGUGGGAGGCGGUCAACUGGGCUGUGUGGCUGUUCACGGAGCUGAGCAGUACGAGCUUCAUUGCAGAGAGGUGCGCUGCCGUCUUGAAGGAGUUCACAACGAAACAGACCACAUCCCCAAGUGAGGGCGGCAUCUCGAUCUGCGACACUACCUUUGAGCCCCCGUCUAUCUCUCGCAACUCAAGCGACUCUCAGAGCAGCGACACUUGGCCGAUAAUGUCAAGCUGGACAGACCAGUUGUCCGACAUUGCUGCAACUUGCUUCAGCCCUUCCGCAAAUCUCCUGGACACCCUUGACGUCAAAGACCUCACUGCCGCUGCCGGCAUGGCCGCUUUCCCCACGGACUCCACCACCAUUGGCAACGACAACUUCUGGCUCGACGAGAACCUAAAAAUAUCAAACGAAGCCACCCCUGCCGUGCAGAAUGACGUUUCGGCUUUUUGA